AUUAACUGAGACGCAGCAUUGUUGGAAUGAUUUACGUUCUUAUCAUUUCAAGAGAUUCGGUUCCAUGCCUGUUUUAGAUUCGUUGUGUUUUCCUUUCAAUUUGUAAAUAUGCACCAUUUCACACAUUGACCUACUUUCUAAUGCGGGUGUGUAAUUCGACUGUCUGCAUACACCCGGGUGAUAAAGUAGGUCAUGCGACGGCAAAAUGAAAGUGAAAGUAGGAGUUUUUCUGUAUUAGUUCUUCGAUUUACAUUUAAAGUGGACUAAGAACAGUCACAUCCUGUAAAAAAAAGAUACAUGUGCACCUGAUGAAACAAAAAGUGUCAACAAAUAAUAUCCAUGCUGAGACCAUGGACCCUACCCCUACAGUACAGUUAAACUGUAGUCUCUAGACUAAUGAAAAGUAAAACAAAUAUUGAGACACCAUGUAGAGAGUUAGAAGAAGUUAACAAUGUCAGUGGUGACACAUGUUAUCCCACAGUCAUUUUCUGAUGGACAGAUCAUAAACAUAGUCACGCCAGCUGUUGGUAUUGCCCAACAAGAUGGAGGAACGCAGAACAGUGUGUCUGCUCAACUUGUUGCUGGAGCAUUUACAGCGACCCCAAUUCAAACUGUCCAGGCAUUACCAGUAGAACCAAAUCUAGAAAAAGACAAACAAGCAAUAUAUACACAUCCCUUGUUUCCAUUGAUGGCGCUAAUGUUUGAGAGAUGCGAACAGGCAUCGUCUGCUUCUGACUUCCCAUCACCAGAAGGAAUUCUUGCAGACAUGCAAGCUUUUAUAUUGCAUCAGGAAAAAGAGAAGAAGAAUCUCCUUUCUGGAGAUGAUGAUCUAGAUAAUUUGAUGAUUAAAGCAAUACAAGUGUUAAGAAUUCAUCUUUUGGAAUUAGAAAAAGUAAAUGAUUUAUGCAAAGACUUUUGCCAAAGAUACACUAACUGUUUAAAAGGCAAACUACAGAGUGAAAACCUGUUACGGACAGAAUCUGACUAUGACCAGUCUAUGUUUGAUGAGCCACCGAAAGAAGAAAUGACGCAACCAGUCCAAACUGUAGUGUCAUCUGCUCCUGGGGGCGGGGUUAUACUUCAGCAGCCAUUUCAGUCACCUGUGACAGCAAUGCCUACAUUAGGGCCAGGGCAGAUAAUGUCUGGUGGUACGAUUUACCAAAUGGUUCAAACACCACAAGGAUUGGUUGCGCAACCAGUGCAGAUACAGUCUACACCAAUAAUACACGGUAGUACACCAUUGUCUCAGAUAGGGGUGACAGCACAAACUGCAGUAUCUACAUCCCCUUCAUCAUCAGUUGUGAACACUCUGAGCAAUGUAAAUAGUGGGUUUGACUCUGAUGAUGAUGAAACUGGGAAAAAGAAGAAUAAACGUGGAGUAUUACCAAAGAGUGCAACACAGAUAAUGAAGUCAUGGUUGUUUCAGCAUAUUGUGCAUCCUUACCCAACAGAGGACGAGAAGAGGCAGAUUGCUGCUCAAACCAAUCUUACAUUACUGCAAGUCAAUAACUGGUUUAUUAAUGCUCGUCGAAGGAUAUUACAGCCUAUGCUAGAUGCUGGUAACCCAGAACAAGCCAAAGCUAAGAAGGCAAAACCACAAAGUAAACCACCACAAAGGUUCUGGCCAUUUUCCGGAAACAAUUCUCAGAGUUCAACUGCUGCCACAGGACUGACAACUGAAACCGUGACCACCUCACCUCCGUCCACAACAAAUUUGUCCACUCUAGCAUCUAUAAAUCAAACCAUAGUUAUACCCCCUGGGGCAUUUUUAACAACAGAUGGUCAGAUUGUAAGUUUACAAGGAGCCAACAUGGCGGCCAUGUUGAAUCAUGUGAAGCAGACAUCACCUUCACCACCACCUGAAGACAAUGUUGUUACCAAGCAAGUCAUGCCAAGUGAUACAAACAAUAAUAGUCAUAAUACAGAUAGUGAAUCAAACAAUGAAAAUGAAGAAUUAACGUGAUAGUUAUUUCUUAUUCGACCAAAUUGUACGAUAGUAUACUGUUUCACAGUUAAUAGUGAAUACAAAAGGAAAACAGAAUUUAGGCAAUUGUUCUAUUUAUUUCUGCUUCUACAAAACUGCAUGGUAGUAAACCGUUUCACCGUUGAUAGUAAAUAGAACAGUGAAAAUGUACAAUUAACAAGAUUGCUUUACAUAUUUCUGCUUUCAAAAUUGAUAGAAACAAUGAAAACAUAGAAUAUUAACAUGAUAGUCAUUUAAAAUUAUUUAAUUUUUUAGUACCAGUAUUUAAAUCCUUCUACUGUUAUGUUUUUAGUGAAUCAUACAAUGAAAAUGAAAAAUAGUGAUAGUUAUUUAACAAUCUCCUGUAUAGAGUUGUCAUUUUUUCAGUUCCACUUCAAAACAUUCAUUGCUGUUGACAUCUAUGCCUCUGGUCUAUAGCUAUAAUUAAUGGCAUUAUUAUAACUAAUGCUGUAUUGUUUAGGUUUAUCGUAGAAUAACCAGAGUUUGGAGUUCUCAUUUGUAUGAACUAUCUGCGAAGGCUGAAGGCCCGAGUGGUAUAUUACUAUGCAUAAUAACAACAAACGAGGGUUAUUCUAUGAUAAACCUUAUUUAGAUACUUAUUAUUUCGAUUCUAACACAACUUCAAAUAACGUUAGACGAGAAUCAGCAGAGUAUUUUCAUCAAACAUAAAAUUACAACUUCGUGCUAUGCCACAGCAUUUAGUCAAAACAUGGUGCGUGUGCAGCAUAGUUUAAGGUCGGUUUAUUGCAGAAUAACCUGAGAUAGAUUUUGCUCUACAAGUAUGUAGGUUAUUAGCUGGUCAUGUUAGAAUUGGGAAUAAUGGCCAUUGUUAUUUGAAAUAUUUCCAAAAUGAGAAAGUAAGAAACCGGUUUCAGCGCAAGUACAUAACACAAUGCCAAAGUGAUAUCUACAAAAUUGUUAUUGUUUUACUUUCUCAAACGUUUGUUACCUUAUAUAACUUUAGCAUGUGAAGCAAUAAUUUUCUAUUAUGUAAUUCCAUGUUUGUUACUUUGGAGUGGGUUAUCAUGAUGGUUUAUUUAUUGAACAAUAUUAUGGCAAAAAGAUUAAUCACUAUUUACUAAUUGCAAAAUUUUUUUGUCGCAAGUAAUACUACAAUUAUGAUAAGUUUUAAAUGGUUAAAUAUAAUAAUCCAUUUUGUUACAUAUGCUAAGAUGACUUGUUGGUUAACAACAUAUGUUUAAAUGUCUUGGCCUAGGUUUAUUGAAUCAACAAUUGUUUAAAUUGUUUUUAAUGUGCCUUAUCUUUGUGUAAAUGUUUUACCUUGUCUGUGAUUGACAGUUGCACUUGUUAUCAUCUGCAUUAAGUGUGGCCAGGCUUUCACUUACAUUUACAUAUGUGGCCCAGGUUUCUCAUAUAUUUCAUUUGUCUUGACCAAGCUUUCUCAGUCGUUGGUAUUAGGUAUGGCCCAGCUUUAAUUUACAUUUGCAUCAGGUUUGGCCUGGCUUUCGCUUAUGUUUGAAUUUGUCUUGGCCCAGCUUUCACUUACAUUUGAAUUGUUUUCACUCAUAUUGUUACUGUAUAUGUUUUUGUGAUAAGGAAUGUCUAAUUUGUGUGCAUUUUUCAUCUGAGUGACUCUGCUAUGACAGGAAGUUUAAUCAGGGUAAUAGAUAGAACAUACAAGAGAUUUAUGUUUUUGUUAUUAUGACAUAGACUUGAUGCCAUAUCCUAACCAGGAAUUGUUUUUUCUUCCAUCUUAUUGGACAUUGAAACUUGAAACCGUUUUAUUUUAUUAAAUGCCGAUUUUUACAAAAAUAAAAUAUUCAGUGGUGUUUUAGAAACACAUGAAAAAAAAAUCACAUAUAAAAAUGAAAACAUUUUUAAAGAUGUAAGAAAUAGAUGUGCAUAAAAAUUAUCGUUAAUAAACUAUUAAUUAAGUAUUAAACUAAAGAUACCCAGGCGUCAUAAAACUAAGAAGAUAAGAUUAAUAAAAUAUUAAGAUAUAGUAAGACAGCUGUUUUGUAAGUAAGUAAUACGUUAAAAGUUAAUUAUAGUGACCUGUCCAUAGGUUAUUACAAACAUCUGUACUUUUGUAUUAAAAAUUCAACAUUCUUUCAUGCCAUUGAAAUUUACCAGUCAAAAUAUGAAGGUAAGCCAAUUUAAAGGAAAAUGCACAAUUGUUUGAGAUUUUAUAUGUUUGUGUAUGUACACUUGUAUUUAAUAAGAAAUUUUAGCAGUAGGCCCCAUGUUUCACUACAAUUUGAUAAGUGAAAACACUUCUUAAGUUAGAAUUGUUUUAAACCAAUAAUUUGUCCUUUAGUUAUCAAACUUUGGAUGCUGAAAAUAAAACAGUGAUUUGCUUUGUUUAUAAUACAUUUGAUGAGUUUUAACUGGGGUUUCUGUUGUUCUUAACCUUAAGCCUGCUUGCCACAUGUGAUUUUGCCGUUCAUGCAGGCUGAUCAUGAUCUGCACUGUUCGCUAUUCAGUCAGUAAAUAUUCAGUAAAUACCCCUUUGAAGAAUAAAAUGGUACUGCCCAAAUUGAAUGAUAGCAGGGUGAAGGUUAAAGCAACAUUUAUGCCAAGUUUCACUGCAAUCUGACAAAGCACAAAGAAUUUUUAGCAUGUCAAAUCUGAACUAAAAAUGUAGAAAAUUGACACUGCAGUCUGAUGAUUUAUAUAUGUUGCUCUGAUACUGAAAGAAUGUGUUGCCAAUAUACAUUUUAAUCUGUUCUCCUGUCAUUUGUUACCUCACACCUUUUCAUAUAUUAACUUAUGAUAUUAACUGAUAAUGAAAACUGCAACUUUGAUUUUUUUUACUUUUAUAAAUUUUGUUUUGCAUAUAUAUUUUCCUCUUUCUGCAUGAUUAUACAAUAAUUAAAUGGAUUGACAUUAGCAAACCUUUUUGAGGCCCAAAAUUUAAUGUGUAAGCAUUCAUCACCUAGUAAUACCAAUAUAUUUGUUUUCAUUGAUAUGGACAGCAAACAAAUUGUACUGACAAAUAAAUUACAGUACUUGCAUUUUUAGCUCACCUGAGCAAUGCUCAGGUGAGUUUUUCUGAUCGCUCGAUGUCCGGCGUCCGUCGUCCGUCGUCUGGCGUCUGUCGUCUGUCGUCUGUCGUCCGUCGUCUGUCAACAUUUAGCUUGUGUAUGCGAUAGAGGCUGUAUUUUUCAAUUAAUCUUCAUGAAUCUUGGUCAGAAUGAUAACCUUGAUAAAAUCUAGGCCGAGUUCGAAAAUGGGUCAUCUCGGAUCAAAAACUAGGUCACUAGGUCAAAUCAAAGAAAAACCUUGUGUAUGCGAUAGAGGCUGUAUUUUUCAAUCAAUCUUCAUGAAUAUUGGUCAGAAUGAUAACCUUGAUGAAAUCUAGGCCGAGUUCGAAAAUGGGUCAUCUUGGGUCAAAAACUAGGUCACUAGGUCAAAUCAAAGAAAAACCUUGUGUAUGCGAUAGAGGCUGUAUUUUUCAAUUGAUCUUCAUGAAUAUUGGUCGGAAUGAUUGCCUUGAUGAAAUCUAGGCCGAGUUCGAAAAUGGGUCAUCUUGGGUCAAAAACUAGGUCACUAGGUCAAAUAAAAAAAAAACCUUAUGUAUGUGAUAGAGGCUGUAGUUUUCAAUUAUUCUUCAUGAAUAUUGGUCAGAAUGAUAACCUUGAUGAAAUCUAGGCCUAGUUCGAAAAUGGGUCAUCUCGGGUCAAAAACUAGGUCACUAGGUCAAAUCAAAGAAAAACCUUGUGUAUGCGAUAGAGGCUGUAUUUUUCAAUUGAUCUUCAUGAAUAUUGGUCAGAAUGAUUGCCUUGAUGAAAUCUAGGUCGAGUUCGAAAUUGGGUCAUCGCGGGUCAAAAACUAGGUCACUAGGUCAAAUCAAAGAAAAACCUUGUGUAUGCGAUAGAGGCUGUAUUUUUCAAUUGAUCUUCAUGAAUUUUGGUCAGAAUGAUUACCUUGAUGAAAUCUAGGCCGAGUUCGAAAAUGGGUCAUCUCGGGUCAAAAACUAGGUCACUAGGUCAAAUCAAAGAAAAACCUUGUGUAUGCGAUAGAGGCUGUAUUUUUCAACUGAUCUUCAUGAAAUUUAGCCAGAAUGAUAACCUUGAUGAAAUCUAGGCCGAGUUCGAAAAUGGGUCAUCUGGGGUCAAAAACUAGGUCACUAGGUCAAAUCGAAGAAAAACAUUGUGUAUGCAAGAGGAUGUAGUUUUCAAUUGAUCUUCAUGAAAUUUAGUCUGAGUGAUUGCCCUGAUGAACUCUAGGUCGAGUUUGAAUAUGGGUUAUCUGAGGUCAAAAACUAGGUCACUAGGUCAAAUUAAAGAAAAAUCUUGUGUAUGCGAUAGAGACUGUUUUUUUCAAUUGAUUUUUAUGAAAUUUGGUCAGGAUGAUUGCCUUAAUGAAAUCUAGGUCGAAUUUGAAUAUGGGUCAUCUGAGUUAAAAAACUAGGUCACUUGGUCAAAUCAAAGAAAAAACUUGUGUAUGUGAUAGAGGCUGUAUUUUUCAAAUGAUCUUCAUGAAUUUUGGUCAGAAUGAUUGCCUUGAUAAAAUCUAGGUCGAGUUUGAACAUGGGUCAUCUAGGGUCAAAAACUAUGUCAUAUCUAAGAAAAUGCUUGUUUUAUCGCAAGAGACCAAUUUUUUGGUCCAAUCUUAAUGAAAAAUCGGUCAGAAUAUUUGUUUCCAUGAAAUCACUAGGUCAAACAUGUUUUACACUGUUAUGGUGUGUUUCUUAGGUGAGCGACCUAGGGCCAUCUUGGCCCUCUUGUUUUUAUUUCUUUGUAAAAAAAUUGGCCUGAAUUAUUUACUUUAAAGUCUGCAUAGCUGUAAUUCUGAGCACUUUCCAUGCUUUUGUACUGACAAACCAUUUGAAAAAUAAAGGUGUACCUGUAUUUGUAUAGAUUAUACACAUAGAUGUUGAAUGGCUGUCAUUAGUUGUUAAUGUCAAUCAACCUUCUUUAUUCACUUAUGUAACAAAGGUAAAUGGACAGUUUCUAACCAAUUUUAAUUUGACUGCUGGUAUUUGAAGUAUUGGUACAGUAGAGCUGUUGCACUCACUCAUUCAUCUGCAUCAGAUUUUAUUAAAUUUUUAUAUGUAAGCUGGUAUCUCAAUAACCGCUAUUUGGAAUAGAUUGAAAUUUCACAUACCUGCUGACUGUGGUGAUCUGCAAUGCAUUGCUCAGGUUUUAUAACUGUUUUUGCAAUUUACAAAGUUAUUUCUCUUUUUCAACUAAGUAAUUUAAUUUGAAUAGUUGUGCAGCCCUCUAACAGCUUCUGUGGGAAUUAGAAUUGUCUUCUUUGUUAAAAUAAAUGGGCCUAUGCAGAGGAAUGGUGCAGGUUAAAUAUUAUUUGUUCUGAUAAUUAUGUACUAUUAACUUACAUUUUUAAACAGUAAAAAUGAAGAUUUA